AUGGCUGCCGAGCUGCCGCUCUCCCAUUCCGCGGUGGUUUCCCAGUGUCGCGUGCUGACUCCCCCGAAAGCGAGUGCGGCGUGUCCACCCGCCUGGGCCCGCUCGCACACGAGCGACAAGUCCGCCCCUUCCAAGAAGUGCUGGGACUGCAAGGUGCCCGUGGACCAGCGCACGCCUCACUUCUGCGGCACCUGCAAGAAGAUCCAGCCCCCCACCUACAGCGCCAACCAGUUUCAGAUACUGGGCAUCCCCACGACCUUUGACGUGGACGCCGAGAGGCUGGAGGCACGGUACAAGGCGCUGCAGAAGGCGCUGCACCCCGACAAGUUCUCCACGGCCUCGCCCCAGGAGCAGGCCUUCUCGGACGCCCAGGCCUCGGCCGUGAACUCGGCCUACGACACGCUGAGAAGCCCGCUGCGCCGCGCCCGGGCCCUGCUGCGCCUGCAGGGCAUCGAACCCGAGGAGAGCGCGGGCGUGGACGACCCCGAGCUCCUGGCCUACGUGAUGGAGGCACGGGAGGAGCGCAUCCAGGAGGCUAUCAGGGAGAAGCUGUGA